AUGGCGACUAGUACACUGUCCUCUGGGCGUAUUGCAAGGCUUAAACCGAUAUCUGAGAAUUUCUGGCGCUUUAAAUGGAGCUUCGCCUCCGCUAAAUUGGCCGAGAAACCGCCCGUGGGUAACAGCAAAGGUAAGCAGCCGGCCCGGCCCGACGAGCGUUUUGUAGAAGCCUUUAGAUCGGAGGACAACCCGUACCCCUUUAUGGCCGUCGAGAACUCGCUUAAUAUUCGUAAGGGCAAAAUCUUCGAGUUGAAUAACCCGGUCGACUUAAAAAAGCUCAAAUUAGAAGUAAAGAAAGCUGCGAAGGCAGAUACGAUGGAUGUAGCUAACGUGUUCCUUUCGAAACUCCAGGUGAAUUGGUGGGCACUUUGGACUGAUAAUCACUUUACGGAGGCCCUACGAGUUGCACGGAAAUGGGCACGUGAAGCAAUUCGGGAUGCAAGGGCCCCGUAUAUUAAAGUAUAUGAGGUAGGCAACAAACUGGAAACUUAUGAUCGUGUGAUGGCCGCAUUGGAUGCCUUUGAAGAUCUCAUCGCAGAAAUCCGGAUGCCGUUGGUCAAAAACUAUAAGCAGACCAAUCCCUAUAAUGGUGAGGGGCCAAGCGGGUACAACUUAUAA